AUGACUCACUACGUUCUGAUGUACAAUACAGCUCUCCGGCUAGUUCGUGUAGCUUUCCGGAAAGCUAGUACAUGGUUAGUGAGUGAGCACGGGAAGCCCAAUAAAACGUUAAGCAGAAUUGUAGCUACAGUGCACGAUUCAAACAAACAUUUAUAUCAAAGUAAAGAAUAUCAGAAAACUAUGACAAAUCUUUAUCAAUGGGGCAUUGUAUAUGAUCCAAAAACGAAUCAUAGAGGAAAAUGUAUCCUUCCGACUUGUUUUCGAAAACCAUCACCUAAUAUUAACUUUCAACAAGUUAGUUGCGGUACGAACUUCACUGUUGUUCUAGAUACAUUAAACCAAGUAUACAUUAUCGGUGACGAACCAAAAAAUGGUCGUUUAGGUCAAAACGAUGAUACUACUAUUGUUUCAGCUUUAACUUUGCUCAAAAGUAUACCACUAGUUACUUAUAUUUCAUGCGGCACAGCUUCAACGCUUCUUAUGACUGUUGACAAAGAAUUAUGGGGAUUCGGUAAAGGUAUUGGACAACAACCGCGUAAAAUACUUGAUAAUAAUGAACUUCAAGGAUCUAUUACACAUUGUACAUGUAGUCAGAACAGUAUUGUAAUUGUUAUUGAUUUCAGCCGUGUGCAUGAGAUAUGUUUCAAUCAAUCUGGAUUUACAACAACAUUCAAGGAAGUUUUCCGUCUGAUUGACUCAGAUACAAUACAAACAAUUGAUGUUGGAUCUUCACUGGGCGCAUUUGUUACACAAAACGGUCAAAUCUACCUUUGGGGAUCAGUUCCUGUACGAGGCUCUAGUAAUGAAAAAUAUGCAGAUGUACCAAUAACCGCACCAGUCAUACGCAAUUUGGAUGAAAAUUCAGCAGAUAAACCUGUUCAUGUGUCAUGUAGUCGUGGGCAAUUUCAUCCACACGCCUUGUUAUUAACAGCAAACGGCUUAGUAUAUUCAAUUGGUUCAAAUUACAAAGGAAAGUUAGGUAUUACACCCGACACAGCCACUUUUUGUAGUUCAUGGACAUUUGUUACAGUUUCACAAACGAUUCCAUUUAAACAGAUUUGUGCAGGUGGUAUACAUUCAAGUGCACUUUCAAUGAUGAACGAGGUUUACACGUGGGGAUGUGGAUCCGACGGGAGAUUAGGCCAUCCUGAAUCGGAGGGACACAGGUAUCUAUACAAAGAAGGUAUACCAAGAAAGAUUGACACAUUAAGUAAUGUCCAAUAUAUUAGCUCAUCUUAUUAUCAUAUGGCUGCAAUUGCUUAA